AUGGUAGCCAUCACAGACCACAAUGUCGUCUACGCAGGCGACAAAAAGAUUCACUAUCUAGCGGCAGGCCCUGUAAAUGGCCCUCUGGUUCUCUUCAUCCAUGGCUGGCCAGGUACUGCAAUCACCUGGAAGGCGCAAAUCGAUGCCUUCGCAUCCGUCGGAUUCCGCGCAAUUGCCCCUGAUAUGCCAGGAUACGGGCAGUCGACUGCCCGCCGCGUGGCCGACGACUACUGUCAGGAGGCCAUCGUGGAGGGCAUGAUGGCGUUGCUAGCCGACACAGGCCGCGAUGCAGCGAUCUGGGUUGGCCACGACUGGGGUGCGGGCGUAACAUCCUCCGUCGCGACGCAACACCCUGAAGUGGUUAAAGCGCUGGUGACCCUGUCGGUGCCAUUCCAUACUAUCGAGCGCGGCUGGCAGGGUUUCCUUCCCUUUGUGAACCGCGAGCUCUACCCGGCGGACGAAUACGAGUUCGGGCAGUGGGACUAUAUGAAGAACUGGGAGGAGAACUUCGAAAAGACCAUUGAAUGGUUCGACAGUGACAUUGCAGGAUUCUGCAAGGCUUCAUUACAACCGGCCAAGGCCCCGGCUAGCCGCUUUGCCCAGGUGACUGCCACCGUGCGCAAAGCCGGCGGAUGGAUGGGCGGGAUGCCAAAACCCCCAAGUGUGGACAUGACAGGACCUCCGGUGCUCCCUCCAGAGGUCUUCGAUUCGUUUGUUCAGGAUAUGCGGAGGACCGGCUUCUGGCCCGGAUCUGCGUACUACCUGCACCAUGCGCGGAAUGCGGAAUACAACGGGAAACGUGAUGGGAAGCUGGAUCAACCAGUCCUGUUUAUCCAUGACGUCAGAGAUGUGGUGUGUGAUACCAUAACGUCUCGCCUGGCCGAUCCAAUGAGAGAGGCAUGUAGCAAUUUGACGGAGGUUACAAUCGAUGCAGGACACUUUGCGCAAUAUGAAAAGCCGGAGGAGGUACAGGCUGCCAUAUUCAGGUUCAUUGUGGAAGAGCUGCCGAGUGAGUGGCCUGGAUUCUGGACCGCCGGGUAUACCAAGAAGAAGUCGGCUCUGUGA